UCACUCGCCUCGACGCGAUGUUCACGAAUAGUCAACGCAUUAUGAUAAAUCAACCACAGACGCUGUUUUGAUCCGGUGAAUAUGCGCUAUUACACUAAGAAUGAGCUCCUCUACUCGAAACGACGGCUCGAGAAGCAGCUCAUCGCGCCAAGUCAUCCGGAGAGACAACUUACAUAACGCCGUCGAAGCCAUUCGCAGUCUCCCUGUCGUCACCGAACGCGAUCUCCUCGAACGAUCUCACCGACUCUUAUGGGACGAAGACGAAGUACCAGGAAAUAAAGCACCGACAGGCACGAGCCAGGCCGGCUCGUCAUCUGAGCUCGUUGUAGCGCAGAUCGAUAUUCGCGAUCGGGAAGCAAAGGCCGCCGAGUACGGCCGUGAGAUUGCGAAGAAGUUUGCCUCGCGUUUGGUCAAAGAUUUCCCAAUCAUAGAUCUAUCACGGUACCGAAGUGGCAAGAUUGGCCUUCGAUGGCGAACGCUUGCUGAAUAUGAGGAAAAUAUAGGCGGCGAGCGAGGUAUCUGUGCGGAAGUUGGUUGCCGUAUGCGCGACAAGAGCUACAAGCCUAAUUCUGAUAGCGUUCCAAGAUUUAGAGAAGACAGUGGGCGCCAUCGGGUUUUACUUGAGAAAAGGCAGGUGGUGUUUAGGUAUUCUGAACCUGACGAGCGCGGAAAGCUCGAGACGAAAUCAAUAAUGGUGGCAUGCUGGCUGUGUCCUCAUCAUGGACGAAAGCUCGAUCGCGCUCAUAAAUAUGAGAAGGAAAGGCGGAGUGAAGAGGACGGUGAGAGUUCUCGGAGAGAAAAAGAGCACCGGAGUUCACCUAGGCACUCGUCAUCUCGUUCAUCCCGCUCGUCGUCUGUCGACAGACGUCGUGAGCAGCGUACGAGACAAUGAUUCUUUCUUUUUCAUAUAAUGUAUAUUAUGUACAAGUCCAUACUAAGACU